CCCGGGUCCCGAGAAGAAGCCGAUGACGACGACGAUGCCGGGCCGUCGGGACGGGACCCACCACCGGAAGAAGCACCGCUGUGCAGGGAAGCAGGCGCUCAUGGAGGACGGAAGCAUCCACGGCAACGGAGCGCAGCCCAACCGUCCCAGCACGCGCCUCUUCCGCGUUGAACUACGCACCCCGGAGCGACUGCGUCGGGGAUACCCCACCUCCUGCGCGAUUCAACGACCCCCAGCACCCACAAGGCCGCUACUCAUGGCCGGCACCACCUCGUCUGCGACAAGAGAAGCGAUCUCGCCGGUGCAAGCCACCGAGCGCGUCAUGGCGUCGCGUGACCUACUCCGAUGCAUCUUCACGUACCAGGACGGAAUCGUCGAGACGCUCCGGGGAGUCUACUGUGCAAAGGGCGUUUGGUUCAGUACGUUCUCGCCGCGAGACUUCAUUCCCAUGCACAUGGGCCCAUUUGGUCGCAAGCGGGAAGCGCUCCUCCAGUGCAUCGUCUCGGACCGGGUUGAUCUUAUCAAGGAUUUUUUCCGGUGCUUCCCCACAUACGCCCAAGACGAUAUCCGCUUCAAGGAGAUCAUUGACGCAGCACUUAUGCUCAACCGAGUCCACGCCUCGAUGGUCCUCCAGCAGCACAAACCCACCUACCACUGCACCCCACGUGUGCUCCGCAAAGCCGCACUGCGUGGCCACCGACCCGAGCUUCUGCCCAACCCGUGUAAUGCUUCGACCAUGGCCGCUGUCUGGCCCAUACAAACCACAUAGAAAAAAGACCUAGAGCCCAACUACAACUACAGUAUCGUCCUAUCUCCCAUCGACAUCUUGCUUUGUUGUCGAUCCUGUGUCAGACAGUGUUUGAACGUUUGGUCC